AUGUCGCAAUCAUUUACCCCGGCCGACGUGGCCGCUCACAACACCGCUGACAAGGGCCUGUACAUCAUCGUCGACAACAGCGUUUACGAUGUUUCCAAGUUCGUCGACGAGCACCCCGGAGGCGCAAAGAUCUUGAAGCGCGUGGCUGGCAAGGACGCAUCCAAGCAGUUCUGGAAGUACCACAACGAGUCCGUGUUGAAGAAGUACUCGCCAAAGCUGAAGAUUGGAGAAGUCAAGGAGGCCGCCAAGUUGUAA